AUGAGGAUAGUGAUAGAGGUGGAUGUGAGUGCGGAGGAGAUUCCUCUCGCGACGCAUCUAUUCAGCGCCCUCAGGGCAAUUGCGGACGAUGUGCGCGCGCGCAAUUUGCGCCCCGUGUUCGAGGCGCUGAUUGCGCGCCUGCGCGACCCCGCGGAACUUGAUUCGGUUGCGCGGGACGUGCGCACGCUGCUGGGGGAAGGCGCAGGAGUGGGGGAAUCAGGGGAGAAAGGGGGCGUGCGGGGAAGUGGGGGCGGGAGCAAGAGCGGAAGCGGAAACGGGGAAGAGAAAGAAGGGGCCGCGGAUGGGGCGAAGGCCAAUGAGGACCCCCUGGAUGCGUUCGUGGCAGCGUUCCUGCACGUGGUGUUUGAAACAGACCUGCUGGCUCAGAAGAUCAGCGUUGUGCCCUUCAUGCGUCUAGUGCCCAGUGCGGUGAGUGUGGCAGCGUUCCUGCACGUGGUGUUUGAGACGGACCUGCUCGCUCAGAAGCUCAGCGUCGUGCCCUUCAUGCGCCCCGUGCCAUGGUUACCCGACACGGCAAAGGUCAAGAUGAGAGACACGCUUAUCCCCAAGAUCCUCAAGUUCCUGACGAUAAAGCGGCCGCCCGACGCCAGCCGGGCGGAGUUCUUUGUCCAUGCUGAGGCGUUUGCCGCCCUCGUGCACCUCGAGUUUGUCUCCAUUCAGGGUGCCGUCACCACCAUCCUCACAUUGCUGCACAAGCCAGACAACCGCUGCACUGCAAUCAGGCCUCAACUUCCCGUCCCUGUCACCUCACUUCCUCUUCCUUCCCACCAUCCCACCACAUAUGCAACCCCUCCAGGCGCCGUCACCACCAUCCUCACAUUGCUGCGCAAGCCAGACAACCGCUGUGCUGCAGUGACCAUGCUGGGGAAGACUGUCGAGCUCUGCGCUCCCCAGACUUCUGAGACGUCUCAAAAGUUGCUGCCUGGGGAGGAGCGGAGGAGAGGUGCAUUAGAAGCUCAGGGCGAUGCGGGCAAUAUGAUUUCUGAGCUAGUGGCUCAGGGCGACCCGGGAAAAAUGGAGGAGUUGAGGAAAGCAGUCCUGGGACUCAAGGAAGAGGCUUUCUGUCGACUCAAAACUGGAGGAGCUGCGGAAAGCAGUUUUGGGACUCAAGGAAGAGGCUUUGUGGUGAGAGGGGGAGGGAAGAAAAGGGGUGGGGGUGAGGGGGGGUAUGGGUAUUUGGUGCCAUCUCACCAACACCCACCGCCUCUGCCGCUCCCAUCCUCCCCUCCCAUCCUCCCCUCCCAUCCUCCCCUCCCAUCCUCCCCUCCCAUCCUCCCCUCCCAUCCUCCCCUCCCAUCCUCCCCUCCCAUCCUCCCCUCCCAUCCUCCCCUCCCAUCCUCCCUCUCUCCAUCCAGCUACGAUGUCAAUUACGUGAGGGACAGCCUCGGUUGGACAGACAACCCAAUCGCCACCUCUCCUGCUCCUGCCGCUACAGCCGCUCCUCCCGCCAUUCCCCCUGCUACAGCCGCACUUUCUGCCGGUGCUGCCGCUACAGCCGCUCUGGCAGCAGCAGGAUCCUCCCCUGCUCCCCUUUCCGCCCCCCUUCCCCCAUCUCACGCCCCCCUUCCUCCCUCUCAGGCCCCGCUCCCCCCGCCUCAGCCUCCCCUGCCCCUAGCCCAGCCUUCCACACAGUCCCCUAUGGCUGUUACCGCCCCUGCUCCCCUCAACCCUCCUGUGUCAACAACCCAUCAGAUGCAAACGCAGGGGCUGGGGCAGGGGCAGGGGCAGGGGCAGGGGCAGGGGCAGGGGCAGGGGCAGGGGCAGGGGCAGGCAGCCAUGCUGGUCCCGCUCGACUCCUACCACGGGCAUCAGCACACCAUCCUGGCAGGGGGGGUGUGGGACGGCAGCAGCGACCAUACACACAAUCAUUUCAACCCAUCUCCACGCCUUGUUCAUACGUGUCUCCCCAUACUCACAGCCAUGGUGGUCCCCAUGGACUCCUACCAUGGGCAUCAGCACACCAUCCUGGCAGUGGGGGUGGAUGGCAGCAGCGGGGCGACCAUGCACGUGUAUCACCCACCUCAUCCCUGCUCCCUGCCCCCUGUGUUUGCCUCCCGUGCUCGUUGUCUCUUCCUAUCAGCCAUGCUGGUCCCCCUCGACUCCUACCACGGGCAUCAGCACACCAUCCUGGCAGUGGGGGUGGAUGGCAGCAGCGGGGCGACCAUGCACGUGUAUCACCCACCUCAUCCCUGCUCCCUGCCCCCUGUGUUUGCCUCCCGUGCUCGUUGUCUCUUCCUAUCAGCCAUGCUGGUCCCCCUCGACUCCUACCACGGGCAUCAGCACACCAUCCUGGCAGGGGGGGUGUGGGACGGCAGCAGCGACCAUACACACAAUCAUUUCAACCCAUCUCCACGCCUUGUUCAUACGUGUCUCCCCAUACUCACAGCCAUGGUGGUCCCCAUGGACUCCUACCAUGGGCAUCAGCACACCAUCCUGGCAGUGGGGGUGGAUGGCAGCAGCGGGGCGACCAUGCACGUGUAUCACCCACCUCAUCCCUGCUCCCUGCCCCCUGUGUUUGCCUCCCGUGCUCGUUGUCUCUUCCUAUCAGCCAUGCUGGUCCCCCUCGACUCCUACCACGGGCAUCAGCACACCAUCCUGGCAGUGGGGGUGGACGGCAGCAGCGGGGCCACGUGGUGUGCAGCCAUGGACGGGAGUCUCAUGAUGUGGGGGGGUGAUGGCAAGGUGCCUCAAAAGUCCGAUAUUUUGAGGCGCCUCCAGGGUGCGUCUACGUUUGUGGUCUACCCAAUCUGUGGAACUCUGAUACCCGUCUGCCUCUGCUUGCUUCUUAUCCCCUUCCCUCCCUUCUCCCCUUCCCUCCCUUCUCCCCUUCCCUCCCUUCUCCCCUCUUCCUCCUCCCCCUCCCAAAUGCAGCCACGGAUCGCACUACGUGUGUGGCAUGGAUGGACCUCCUUUACUCGCCCUGUCCGUGCGUGCUGUUCAUCCCUUCUCUCUGCCUUCCUGUCUUCCUCUCUGCCUUCUCCCCUCUCCUCCCCAACACAGCCCCGUCAGUCUCUCCUGCUCGGAUCGCACUACGUGUGUGGCAUGGAUGGACCUCCUUUACUCUCCCUCCUGUCUGACUUCGACCUGUGUUCUCCUCUUCUACUCCCCUCCCCACUCCAUGCAGCCCCGUCAGUCUCUCCUCCUCGGUUCGCACUAUGUGUGUGGCAUGGACCUCCUCUAUACACCGGUCUCCCUGCUCCUCGCAGCUGCACCAAGGGUGAGUGA